CUUCAUUGCCUCUUAAUCCCCAAAAUUAUGACAACAAACCUCACGCGUAGCUUCUUCUUCGUCUUCGUCUUCUUCCUCUACCAUGAAAGCUCUUCUCUUUCUUCUCACCCUUUUCCUCAUCCUUCCAAAUCCAAUUUCAGCCAUUGAUUUCGUCUUCAACGGCUUCAAUGACUCUUCAUCUAAUAUCUCCCUCUUCGGGAUCGCAACAAUCGAAUCCAAAAUCCUAACUUUAACAAACCAAACAUCGUUUGCUACUGGUCGUGCUCUAUACAGCAAAAUCAUCCGGACAAAAGAUCUAAUCACUUCCUCUGUUUUACCUUUCUCUACUUCUUUCAUCUUCACCAUGGCUCCUUUCAAGAACACGCUUCCUGGUCACGGAAUCGUCUUCCUCUUCGCACCCACUACUGGAAUCAACGGUUCUAGCUCUGCUCAACACUUAGCUACAGGGAGAUUGGUACAGAGUCAUAAGAUUUUAGCUUGGAGUUUUAGUAAUUCGAAUUUCUCGUUGAGUGAUAGUUUGAUCACUACUGGUUUGCCUUCGUUUGUUCUGCCUAAAGACUCGAUUCUUAAAGCGAAAUGGUUUGUUUUUGUGUUGGCAUUGAUCUGUUUCUUGGUUGUUGCGGUUGUGGGUUUGGUUUUGUUUGCUGUGGUGAGAAAGAGAUUGGAGAGGGCGAGGAAGAGAGCGUUGAUGGAGGAUUGGGAAAUGGAGUAUUGGCCUCAUCGGAUUCCGUAUGAGGAGAUUGAAUCCGGGACUAAGGGGUUUGAUGAGAAGAAUGUGAUUGGGAUUGGUGGGAAUGGAAAAGUGUAUAAAGGUGACAAAGCUGAGAUAUUUGAAGCGGACAGUAGUGAAGAUGUUGAAUCAUGGAUGUUGAAGAAGAUGGGAUCUCGGGGAAUCUCGCGAGAGUUUUGGUAUGGAAGCUCAUCACAUCCAACGAUAGAACAGAUUAGACUUCAGUCUUUGUCUGUGUCUCUUUCGUCUUGGAACAGCUCGAUUUUAGAAGGGAGGUGAUCAUGAUGAACAAAAAAGGCUUAAGGAACCUCAAGAAUGUAGUUAUUUUUGUGGCUUUACUUUGUUUCUUGUUUUGUACAUAUACGGUUUUGUAAACGCAUUUCAUUAUACAUGUAUUGUUAGAGUUUUUUUUUUUUGUGAAAAUUUGUUAUCAAUUUAUUUAUAUUUUAAGAGAAAUACUUAAUAGAAAUCAACAUACCAU